UCUCGGGCGCGUAUUUAAUCUUCCGCUCUCCGUCGCAUCCUCAAGAAGUAUCCUGCGAAGGUCGAAGAAUGUCCCUUUUCCUGGCAACUUCGCUCCUGUGCUUUUUGGUCCUGGCUUCGGGAGUCCAGGAUACCGUUUUCGCGGACGCCGAACAGAUGAAGGGUGAGAAGAAAAGUGGUCAGAUGCUGGAAGCCCUUCUGGAUCGGGAAGAAAGCCGCUGCUACGGAAAGAAAUGUUUCCAUUCCGAAGAAUGCUGUAGAGGCGCAGCCUGUGUGGACAUUGAAGGAUUGUCUGGCAUGUGUCUUCCCAUCCACGGUAAGGAGUUUUACCAGCCUUGCGAAAAAGACUCCGACUGUGGCACUGGCCUGGAAUGUGUAGAUUCGGGGAAUUACGCCCCUGGGAAAAUCUGUCAGAUGGAAGGAAGAUCCAUUGAGAAAAGGGGUGGAUACAGACACGCAUGUGAGACUAGCGCCGACUGCAGAAAUGACUUAGGAUUUUGUUGCCAGGAAGCUUCGUGGUCUUUCUUAUCUAAUUCUUGUCAGCCAUACUUAGAAGAAAAAGUUUGUAUUGGAAACCUAUCAGAGGACGCCGCUGUAAAUCUCCUACUUUUCGACCCAAUGCUACAACCCAGGCUGGGAUAAAUAUUCAAAAACAAGAGAAGAGUUUUAGUAUUCACGCGAUUUCCCAUAGUUAUGUCUAAUAAAAUACUGGAAAUAGAUUGAUAAACACAGCGUAACCGCGGUAACAUAAAUCUGAAGGAAAAGACAUUUGACAGGAAACUUCAAAUGUCAGAUGGCGAUUGUCUUCACAAAGUACUAAAAAGUAACGCAUUUAAUUUAUUCAGGUAUAUAAUUCUUAAAAGAUUUUAUUUUCUUAAUUAAAAAUUCAGUUUUAUAAAAUCAAGAAAGGACCUAAUUUGUCAAUAAAGAUUUGCUUUCUUUA